CUGACUGCUAGAUAUGACACGAUGUGGACUCACGAGCAGCGACUUGCGAGUGAAUAAUGAAUUAACGGAAACAGUUUUCACUUUUAUUUAAGUGCUAAUUUGAUAACUCAAGCCACAAGUAUCCACACAACACCUGACAAACCUGUGAUAAGUGCAUUAUAAAUAGUUCUAAAAUACGUGACUCACGCACAUGCCACGCACUCGCCGAGCAGGCCAUCACUACUUGCUGCCCCCUGUUCGCCAGGCGAAAACACGUAGAAAAAUAAAAUGCAGAGUUUAGCAAAAUAAUCGCCGCACGGGGACGAAACCAAAUUAAUUUCAAGUAUUAAACUGCAAAUUAAGCAGUCUCCUCCCUAGUGUAAUAGUUUUAUUUAACUUUUUUGUCGUUUGUCGCUCGGUUUCGGUUCGGUUCACUGUAUGUCCAUUUUUGGUGAAUAAUUUUGCCAAAACCUUCGCACCUCACGGGAGACGCAAUGAGAAAUGAGAUUUAACUGGUUAAGCGAGUACUUGGCCGAAAUCAGAAGCAACAUCGAUUCAAGUAUUAACCACGAAUCGUCUCCCUGGAGGCAAUUGCAGCUGCAGCAGCUCACCCCGCAAGCCAUCUACUGCCGCAUCAAGUCCACGUCUGCCGAAGCACUGGAGCACGUAGUGAUUGCAUGUGUGGUAUACUUGCUAGUAUGCCUUGGCCUAUACAAGCUCACCUUCUGGCUCUCCGCCCCGGCAACGAUGACCAACAACAAUCGUCUUGGAGCUGGCGCACAUGGAGCGGAUCGGGAGAGGGAGAGGGAGGCGGGCAGUCUCAGGCAGAUGCUGCAGUCUGGCCUUCGUUUGCGUAGCGUUCACCUGCCCAAGUCAGCGCAAAUGGAUCGGGUCCUACUGGUCACCGCCCAUCCGGAUGACGAGUGUAUGUUCUUUGGCCCAUUGAUCUACUCGCUGACGCAACGCGACAACUGCCAGGUGUACAUAUUGUGCCUGUCCAAUGGCAACUACGAGCAACAGGCCAAGCUGAGGCGCGAGGAACUGUGGCGGGCCUGCAUAAAACUGGGCAUUCCCGAGUCGAACAUUGUCUUGAUGAAUGCCACCAACUUGCCGGACGAUCCCAAUGUCGAAUGGCGCCCGGAUGCGGUGGCCAGCCUGAUACUCCAUACCGUUGAGAGUCUCGACAUACAGGCGAUAUUCACGUUCGAUCGCGAUGGCGUCAGCUCCCAUCCCAAUCACUGUGCGGUGUACUAUGCGGCGGCGUCACUCUGUUUGGCCAACCUAUUGCCCAAAGAUUGCAAGUUUUAUACCUUGGACUCGAUCAAUUUGGUGCGAAAAUACUUAUCCAUCUUCGACUUGCUAUGCACAUGCUUCAUGUCAACGCAUUGGUGCAUUCUCAGUUGGAAAGAGGCUGCGGUUGUGCGGAGUGCCAUGCUGGAGCAUCAGUCACAAAUGAAAUGGUUCCGCUGGCUAUAUAUCUACACAUCGCGUUAUAUGUUCAUCAAUUCAAUGCGCCAAAUAAAUCUCUCGGAUGUCGAACUGGAAAUGCAAAUACAUGACAACUAGUUUCAAACUUAAAUGAAUUGUGGAGAAGGAGGAAGCGGAGUAGGAGGAAAUGGAGCAAACACCAAAAGACAAAACUACCUUCAUGAUGGAGUUUUUUUGUUUGUUUACAGACAGACACUGACGAUUCUACCUAGUAUAGCCAAACAAAAAGAAAAACUCGACUGUAGUUCACAAUAACCCAGGGAACAAAAGGAACAACCACUCACAGCUAGAGUUUAUAGGAAACCGAAACCGAAACCGAAACCACAAGCAAAAACAUAAACAUAAACAGUCCAUUAAUUACGAGUAGUCAUCUCAGACACAAAAUGGCAUAUCUUUAUAUCUGCAUAUUGAUUAGUUAGCUCUAAUUCUUGAUUAUAUCAACCAUUACCAUUAUUAUUUAUACUCAACUCCAAGCAAUGUUCCAAAGUGUGCGAUGUAGUCAAAUGCUUAUAAAAACCAACUAAAACUACGCAUUAUUAUAAUUGUUAUUAGUUUAUCUUAAAUAUUGAUUAUUAAUUAUGGAUUCCUUCCUUAGCGCAUACAUGCAUAUAUACUCGUGGUACACACACACAAACACACAUUUCUAGUGAGCAAAAUACACACAUUUUCUGUUCUUGUAAAAUUGUAAAAUAGUUUGUUGUAAGCAGCGAAGUACAAUAAUUUUUAUAAAUAUAUAUAUAUACGAUAUAUGUGAAUGUAUAAAAUCUACUUAUGAGCCACAAUG